GUGUAAAAGUGGAUUCCUUUGAGCAAUUAAUGGGUAGUAAUACCCUUGAUCCGAUGAUCGAGGAUGAAGCCACUUAUCAGCCCACACCACAGAAACAGAUGUGGAGUGAACAAAAGCAGGCUGCAGUUCAUGAAGAAAUAAGAAGAAUGAACCAACUUCCUGCAAAGAGUACAUAUGUUGCGCAUCGCAUGAGGGUUCUUAAUAAAAUCCUGCAACUUAUAGCAAUUCAGAGAACUGCAGAACAGGAGCGGGAAUUGGAGUUGCUUUUUGCUGGGCUCUCUCUAUAAAAGGAUUUGUCUUGCCAGUGGCAUCACUUAUACCCAGGCCCUUAAGAUGAUUUUGUUGCAGAACAUCAGCCUAUGGAUUUCAUGAAGGACGUGUUAAUUAAAAGUUAAACCCUGUUCAUAUGUACAAAUGUGUUCGUACUUUAGGUUUUCUAGUCAAUAAUAACUAAUCUGUUACGGUUACAUACAAACAUAAAUAUGAGAUGAUUAGCAGGCAGAUAUACAAUAUGGCGUCCUUCAGAAUGGACCUGAUACCCUACCAGUGCUACUCAACUCUUUAGAGAAUGAGGAUAAGGUUGCGUUUUAACUCCUUUUUUUUUUUUGAAAAAAAAUUUAUGUACCGCUUCGAUUAAAUGCUUGAUGAGUUUCGCACUGCAAAAAUAUUUUCAAAAAUUUCAAA